AUGAGAGCUAUGGAGUCAAGCAUAAAGUUGCUACACCCUAUCACCCUCAAACCAGUGGGCAAGUUGAAGUCUCCAACAGACAUAUCAAGGCUAUAUUGGAGAAGACUGUCUCCUUUCAAUUUGCUAUAUGGGAAGGAUUGCCACUUGCCUGUGGAGGUCGAAUACAAGGCUUUAUGGGCAGUAAAGAUGCUGAACUUUGACAUAAAGGCAGCACAAGAAAGGAGGGUUGUUUCCCGGGAAGUUGAGGUCAAAGUGGUCGGGACCAUUCAAGACAUGAAGUUCUACCCUAUGGGAUCACUCACUCUGCUCAAUCAAGAGGGGAAAGAAUUCACAGUGAAUGGGCAUAGAUGCAAGCCAUAUCUAGGAAUGACCCCCACAGAGGAGAUCAUCACUCCUCUUCAAGAUCCAACCCCGGCCUAA